AUGGCAGACUCGGAAUUCGCAGACGACGAUUCGGAAUAUGGCUCACCUUCAGCUAGGGCUAUCGUCAUGGACGCGGCCCUUGCCCCGUUCCGCGCGCUGGUAUCCAAGGCCGCCCUGCGAUUAUACCUAAAUACGCUGCUGUUUAUGGGCGCCGUGGUGCUUCUAACUGGUAUAUCGGGCAUUGCCUACGGAGUCUUCUAUUUCAAGUUUAUUCCGACGGUCGGGCUACAGCGCGAAGUCCAUCUACAAUUUGGUUAUGGAAAUCCUUGGGGCACAGCACACUUUGACUCCGAAUUCGUGGCUCUUCAACCGUACGACGUGUCGGUGACGCUCGAGAUGCCGCGCACGCCCUCGAACCUCGACACAGGCAACUUCAUGCUUGAUCUCACCCUCUUCUCCUCUCGUCCUGCAUCUUCUCUCCUCCCCAGCCCGAACAAUGCGCCUAUCUCGCAGUCUCGCCGCCCUGCUAGUAUGACGUAUUCUUCGCCGCUGGUCGACCUUGCCCGGAGAGCGGCGCGCAUGCCGUUCUAUGUCGUUGGUUGGGACCGGGAAUCGGAGACGUUGGAGGUGCCGAUGAUGGAGCAGCUUGAGUUUGCGAAGGGCAUGCGCAACUUGCCGCAAAGCUUGCGGCUGGAAGUUCAAAGUGACUCGAAGAUGCAGAUCUAUACCGCUCGGGUAGAAUUCCGUGCCAGACUUACGGGGCUGAGAUGGCUUAUGUAUCGCUGGAAGAUUACGUCUUUUGUGGUCUUCAGCUCGCUGUUCUGGUCUGUCUCUGUGGUCUCUGCUAGCCUGACGUGGUUGGCGUUGACCUGGGUUUGGGAGGCUACGCCUAAGAAUGAGAUCAAGGAGGAGCCAGCAGAUCUUAUCAAGGAAGAGUCCGAGGAUGGGGGUGAGUUUCAUUCUGGGCAAUCUUCCGAGGUCAAGGAAGAGGAGCCGGAAAGUAGAUUGCUUUCUAGCUAUCCGGCGGAGGGUGACGAGGCUGCUACAGGCUCUGGGCUGGAAAGUGCAACAGCCCGUGGAGUCACCAACGAUGACGGUCCUCCGUCGAACCAGUCAUCGCCGUACGUGCAUUCGCUCGUCCAGUCCCUUCAGUCUGCCGGCCACACAGUCUCAGUCAUUCUCCCGCACCAACAGCGAUCAUGGAUCGGUAAAGCGCACAUUGUAGGGGCAUCCGUCAAACCUACCUACUUCCGGCCUGGUACCCUCCAUCAAGAAGAUGGGACCAUACACCACCUGCCCCGUGGGAGUGAUGGUGAACCCGACGAUGGAGGUGACGAAUGGAUCCUCAUUGACUCGACUCCUGCGAGCUGUGUCCAGAUCGGUCUCUACCACUACUUCCAAGAGCGCGGCCCCAUCGAUGUAAUUAUAUCUGGUCCGAACUAUGGUCGCAACACGACUGCACUGUUCGCAUUGUCGAGUGGAACCAUUGGCGCAGCGAUGGAAGGUGCCUGCUGUGGCAAGCGCUCGAUCGCUCUGUCAUAUGCUUUCAGCUCCAGGAACCACGACCCCGUAAUUAUUGCGGAGGCAUCGAGCCACUCGGUCAAGGUGAUUGAGCAUCUGUGCGCGAACUGGUCAGACGAUGUGCAUCUCUAUAGCGUCAACGUCCCUCUCGAGCCCGGUGUUAGCGAGAACAAGGUUAUGUAUACCGAUAUGCUGCAGAAUAAAUGGACUGGAAGCUGCUUCCAGGCCGUCGAUCCCAUAUCCGCAGAUGAUCCCGCUCUGCAGGAACAGCAACUGCGUGAUGCAGGCGAGGUGACAGGAAAGCAACCCGAUCAGACUGUUGGCGACAGCGAGAAGAGUUCCCGCGGGCACCGAAUUCAGCACAAGCAUUUCAAGUGGGCGCCCAGCUUCCAGGAUGUGUUCCGCAGCGUGGAGGAGAGUGAGCCUGGGAAUGAUGGCUGGACCGUCAAGGAGCAAAUGACUAGGUUGGUUCAAUUCUCUUUCACCCCACGAACUUCCACUGACCUCCACAGCGUCACGCCUCUCAAGGCCAACUUUAUGCCCGCAUCCGGUGUUUCAGGAGAGAUCAAGCUAUCGGAUAAUCAGCCUUCGUUAUACUCCCUCGUCGACUGCGAUGAUUCCUACGUGCAGGAAAUGGUCGAUCGGGCAUUGACCCGUCGCCUAGGAAGUGCCUCCAAGCGAGUCUCUUCUGUGUCUGACCUACAGGAUUCUUCCGCGCCGCUCUUCCAGUUCCGGGAAUAUGAGCGCCUCGACUUCGAACACAUCAUGUCCAAGCCCUCAACCUCUCUUUCGAGCGCAUACAUCAUCCGGAAAGCUUUGAUCCGCAAGCACUAUCUCUCGAAUACAGUGGCCAACUGGAUCUCCAAGCACCCCGAUAGCAUUCUGAAACACCACUUCAAGCCCGCCUUCGACUUUGAACUCGACUAUGCCGAAUUCCUCGACGAUGCCUUGCUCGAGGCAUAUGAGCUGAAUGAUAGCUUGGCCAAGAACGAGGAACGCCAGGAUGACGAAAAGGAAUGGUGGAUUCUCAAGCCCGGCAUGAGUGACCGUGGCCAGGGAAUCCGCAUCUUCAACAGCGAAGACCAGCUACGCGAGAUCUUCGAGGAAUGGGAAGUCGAUUCGGACGACGAGAGCGGAUCUGAUCAUGAAGCCUCCGGCGAGACCAAUGUUAGCGCUGCCUUGGACACCGGCAUCGUCACAUCCCAGCUCCGCCACUUCCUCGUACAACCCUAUAUUGAUCCUCCCCUCCUCCUCCCGUCGUCCUCUAACCGUAAAUUCCACAUCCGCACCUAUGUCCUCGCCACUGGCUCGCUCAAAGUGUAUGUCUUCAAGGAGAUGCUUGCCCUCUUCGCUGCAAAGCGCUAUUGCGCCCCGUACGAAGAAGACGACGUCGCCGACCUUGCUCGUCAUCUCACCAACACCUGUUUCCAGGAGGGCGGCAGCUCUAACGAGGGUAGCGUGCGCCGCUUCUGGGACCUUGACCACCACGUUCCUGGUCUCACUGCAGACUGGAAGGAAAAGAUCUUUGACCAGAUCUGCUCUGUGACCGGUGAAGUCUUCGAGGCCGCAGCCCGCGGCAUGAUGGUUCACUUCCAGACCCUACCCAAUGCGUUUGAGCUUUUCGGUGUGGAUUUCCUGGUUGAUAAAAGUGGCGCUACGUGGCUGUUGGAGCUCAACGCCUACCCGGAUUUCGGACAGACUGGCGAGGCGCUGAAGGAGGCUGUCGUUGGCCGUCUGUUUGAGGAAGUUGUUGAUGUUGCUGUCAAGCCGUUCUUUGGCUUGGGCGACGGGGCUGGCGAUGGUGAUAUGAAAUUGGUUGCUGAUCUUGAUCUUGGAAGACAUGCAUAG